GUGAAAAGCAUGUGCCAAUAAUAUCAGCUUUUUGGGAUUCACCAAAAAGACAAGCUUUUUGGGUUGUUUAUUAUAUAUGUAUUUCUGUAGCUGAUAAACCACUGAAGAAGUAAGGAGCAGAAGCCAAGCGAAAGAGAAGUGAACCAUCAAACGCUGAAUAUGAUUCUGAUCUGAGGCGUUCUCUGAUGCGUUCUCUGAUGAGGAAGAUAACAUUGAACUUUGGAUGAACACAAUUUGAACUGACUAAAUUAAACUCCACAACUUCCUAUCUGCUGCAAGAACCAGCUUCCAUGGGAGACACUUUCUCAUGGAUUUGCGAUGGGAAGCUUGAGUUGGGUUCUUACUGCACACAAAGGACUACUGUAGAAGUUGUAAAUCUGCUAUUCCUCUGUAUAUUUUGCUUACUUUUGCUCGUCAGUUCGAUAUGGAAACUUCAGAGCAGGAGUAUCCGAACAAGGGACUACAGUGUCUUUGUAUUUGUUUCAGUCUGCUGCGGCCUCACUAGUUUUGCUUAUUUUGUUGCUGGUUUAUUGAAUCUUAUUGCCAUGAAAGACAGACAUAGUCAUGGAAAUUUGUUGAUUUACGUUGUCAGAGUACUGGUUUGGAUGUCUUUCACAGUUUCUUUGCUUCAUCAACUGUCAAAAUGGAUCACAAUCCUCAACUCUAUUUGGUGGUUGACAUACUUUUCAUUAUUUUCUGCUGUAAACAUUGAAAUACUGGUAAGAUCAGGUCGCAUUCAGAUCACUGACAUAGUGCAAUGGUUUGUGAACUUCUUGCUUCUCAUAUGUGCUUUCAAGAACAUGAAACAAAUGCUUUCUCAAUCUAGAAAUGAAGAUAAUACUCUAGUCCAACCUCUAAUGGUCAAAAAGGUUGAAAGGAGCAAAGUAGAACCAGGACAGGCUAGUUUUUUUAGCAAAUUGUCAUUUUCUUGGAUUGGACCUUUACUUGGCUUAGGCUACUUAAAACCCUUAUCUCUUGAAGAUGUCCCGCCUCUGGUUUCAGAAGAUGAAGCCAAUUUAGCAUAUCAAAAGUUUGCUCAGGCGUGGGAUUCGAUUUCAAGGGACAAGGGUUCCAAUAGUACCAAGAACAUAGCAUUUUGGGCCAUAGCAAAAGUUUACAUGAAAGAAAACAUAUCCACGGGCAUUUAUGCAUUUCUCAAAACUAUUUCUGUAGCAGUUGCUCCUUUAAUACUAUACAGUUUCAUAAGCUAUGCAAAUAGCAAGGAGGAAAAUCUCUAUGAAGGUUUUUUUGUAUUGGGGUGUCUAAUUGUUUCCAAGGUGGUUGAAUCAUUGAGUCAGAGGCACUGGUUUUUCAAAGCCAGGAGAUGUGGAAUGAGGAUGAGAUCAGCCUUAAUGGUAGCUGUCUAUCAAAAGCAGAUAAAGCUUUCUAGUUUGGGAAGAAGAAGGCACUCAACUGGGGAAGUUGUGAAUUAUGUAGCAGUUGAUGCCUACAGAAUGGGUGAGUUUCCUUGGUGGUUUCAUUCGGCAUGGAAUUAUGUUCUGCAGCUUCUGCUAGCCAUUGGUGUUCUUUUCUGGGUACUUGGUAGUGGUGCUCUUUUUGGUCUGGUUCCUUUUUUAAUCUGCGGACUUCUUAAUGUCCCAUUUGCUAAGAAGCUGCAAAAGUGUCAAUUCCAAUGCAUGGUUGCGCAAGAUGAGAGACUCAGAUCAACUUCAGAGAUCCUAAACAGUAUGAAAAUCAUCAAGUUACAAUCUUGGGAAGAAAAGUUCAAAAACUCCAUUGAAUCCCGCCGUGAAACUGAAUUCAAAUGGUUGGCUGAAGCUCAGAUUAAGAAGGUUUAUGGGACUUUACUGUUUUGGAUGUCUCCAAUCAUAGUAUCUUCAGCUGUCUUUGUUGGAUGUGUAAUUCUUAAAAGUGCACCUUUAGAUGCAAGCACCAUAUUUACAGUCCUUGCCACCUUGAGGAGCUUGGGAGAGCCUGUGAGAAUGAUACCAGAAUCUCUUUCUGCACUUAUCCAAGUCAAGGUUUCAUUUGAUCGGCUAAAUGUAUUUUUACUUGAUGAUGAGAUAAAAAAUGAUGGAAUAAGAAGAUAUCCCGUGCAACAGGACUCAGAAAAGAGCAUAAAAAUUCAAGGGGGUAUUUUCAGUUGGGACCCAGAAUCAACCAUUCCAACUCUACCAGGCAUGGAUUUGGAGAUUAUAUUGAGGCAAAAAAUUGCAGUUUGUGGGCCUGUUGGAGCAGGAAAAUCAUCACUCUUAUAUGCUAUACUAGGAGAGAUACCAAAAAUUUCAGGAACUGUUGAUGUGUUUGGAUCCAUUGCCUAUGUUUCUCAGACUGCUUGGAUACAGAGUGGAACAGUUCGUGAUAACAUACUCUAUGGGAAGCCAAUGGACAAGGAAAAAUAUGAAAAGGCCAUAAAAGCCUGUGCUUUAGACAAGGACAUUAACAGUUUCAACCAUGGUGAUCUUACAGAAAUAGGGCAGAGAGGGAUCAACAUGAGUGGAGGACAGAAGCAGAGAAUUCAGCUUGCACGAGCUGUGUAUAAUGAUGCUGAUAUCUAUCUCCUCGAUGACCCCUUUAGUGCCGUAGAUGCACAUACUGCUGCCACUCUCUUUAAUGAUUGUGUCAUGGCUGCCCUUGAAAAGAAAACUGUAAUUCUAGUGACUCAUCAAGUCGAGUUUCUAUCAGAAGUGGACAAAAUUCUGGUUAUGGAGGGUGGUCAAAUUACUCAAUCAGGAAGCUAUGAGGAACUGUUGAAAGCUGGGACAGCUUUUGAACAGCUUGUGAAUGCUCAUAGAGAUGCAAUAUCAACAUUUGGUCCUUCAAACUCUGAAAGCCAAGGAGAAGUUCAAAAUGGCGAUUCGAUUGGUUUAGAGGAGAAUUUUGGGUCAUACCCCGCUAAGGAAAACAGUGAAAGGGAUAAUUCUUUAAAGGGAGUUAAAGGAGUUCAAUUAACAGAAGAAGAAGAGAAGGAGAUUGGUGAUGUAGGAUGGAAGCCAUUUAAGGAUUAUAUCUCUGUGGCUAAUGGAGUAGUUCUUCUAAUUUCGGUCAUAAUAACCCAGUCUGGUUUUUUUUGUUUGCAAGCUGCAGCAAGUUAUUGGUUAGCUGUGGCCACUAAAAUUCCUAACAUAACUUCUGCCAUGUUAAUUGGGAUCUACAGUGCACUUUCAUCACUUAGUGCUGUAUUUGUAUUUUUAAGGUCAUUUCUGGGAGUCCUUCUUGGACUAAAAGCCUCCAAAGCCUUUUUUUCUGGUUUCACCAAUUCUAUCUUUAAAGCUCCCAUGCUGUUCUUUGAUUCAACUCCUGUUGGCAGAAUUUUGACCAGGGCUUCAUCUGACAUGAGUAUCUUGGAUAAUGAUAUACCUUUCUCUAUCAUCUUUUGUAUUGUUGGUACUGUUGAACUCACGAUAGCGAUUGUAAUUAUGACCUAUGUCACUUGGCCAGUUCUUAUUGUGGCCAUUCUGACGCUGGUUGUUAUUAAUUAUGUUCAGGGAUAUUAUCUAGCUACUGCAAGAGAACUUAUAAGAAUUAAUGGAACAACAAAAGCUCCAAUUACUAAUUAUGUGUCCGAGACAUCACUUGGUGCUGUCACAAUAAGAGCUUUUAGAUCUGCAGAUCGCUUCUUCCAGAACUACUUAAAGCUCAUAGACAUAGAUGCUGGACUCUUCUUCUAUUCAAAUGCGGCCCUCGAAUGGGUAGUUCUAAGAGUAGAACUACUUCAGUGUUUGACCCUUUUCACUGCAGCUUUUCUCAUUGUUUUACUUCCUAAAGGUUAUAUAGCUCCAGGGCUUGUGGGUUUCUCUCUUUCUUAUGCCUUGACAUUAACAGGGAUGCAAAUCUUUUUGACUCGUUGGUACUGCAACUUGUCCAACUACAUGAUUUCAGUUGAACGAAUGAAGCAAUUCAUGCAUAUACCAGCAGAACCUCCAGCUAUUAUUGAAGGGAAGAGACCUCCAUCUUCAUGGCCAACCAAGGGUCGGAUAGAGUUGCAUUCUUUGGAGAUAAAAUAUCGUCCAAAUGCUCCAUUAGUUCUCAAGGGAAUUACAUGCACGUUCAAGGAAGGGACUCGAGUAGGAGUUGUAGGAAGAACAGGAAGUGGAAAAACUACACUGAUAAGUGCUUUGUUUCGUUUAGUAGAGCCAACAAAUGGGAAAAUCAUCAUAGAUCAGCUUGACACAUGCUCUAUUGGUCUAAAGGAUUUGAGGAUGAACCUGAGCAUUAUCCCACAGGAGCCAACUCUUUUCAGGGGUAGCAUUCGAACUAACUUGGACCCGUUAGGCCUUUGCUCUGACGAUGAAAUAUGGAUGGCUCUGGAGAAGUGUCAGCUUAAAGCAGUAGUUAGCAGCCUGCCUAAUCUGCUUGAUUCAUCAGUGAGUGAUGAAGGAGAGAAUUGGAGUGGUGGGCAAAGACAGCUGUUUUGCCUGGGCAGAGUCCUUCUAAAGAGGAAUAGAAUUCUAGUACUAGAUGAGGCUACUGCUUCCAUUGAUUCUGCAACAGAUGCAAUUCUGCAGAGAAUCAUCAGGCAGGAAUUCUCUGAAUGCACUGUCAUAACUGUAGCUCACAGAGUUCCUACUGUUAUAGAUAGUGAUAUGGUCAUGGUGCUUUCUUAUGGGAAGCUGGUGGAGUAUGAUGAGCCAUCAGCGCUUCUGGAUGCAAACUCCUAUUUCUCCAAGCUGGUAGCUGAAUACUGGACAAGUUGCAGGAGAAGUUCCUAAUUAAAGAAAAUUAAUUACCAAGUUUCCCAAGUAGUACCUCUUGAUAAUAAAUUGCUAUAAUGAACCAAGUUGAAUUAAUAAUUUAUCGAAGCAUGCAUCUCACAUAAUUUACUCUAUA